AUGCGACUUCGCGGUGUGUUUCGUGCAGCCAAGCUGCCCAACGGACAACGCGCCAUUGGCACAAAAUGGGUGUUCAAGAUCAAGCGCAAGGCGGAUGGGUCAAUCGAGAAGUACAAGGCACGACUUGUGGCCAAGGGUUUCCGCCAAAAGUAUGGCAUCGACUACACGGAGACGUUUUCGCCUGUGGUCAAGUAUGUGACGCUGCGAAUGGUGAUCGCAAUUUCCAAGCAUUUUGGAUGGCCCGUCGACCAGCUUAAUGUGGUGACAGCUUUCCUGUAUGGCGUCAUGAAGGAACAAGUGUUCUGCGUGAUUCCUGAAGGCGUCGAACUUGACAGUACGUUCGACUGCCUGGAAUGGGUGAAGUCAAUUUACGGCCUCAAGCAAGCUUCGCGAGUGUGGAACGAGACGUUCGACGAGUAUGUGUGCUCCAUCGGAUGUCAAGUAUCGGACUUCGACCCAUGUCUCUACAUCAAGACUUCGGACGGCCAUUGCGUGUUUAUACUGGUCUACGUGGACGACGUCUUGGUGACUGGAAGCUCGCUCGAGCUGAUUGCACAAACCAAGAACGACCUGAAGACGCGGUUCAAAAUGACGGACAGCGGCAAGUGUGCGUUUGUUUUUGGGAUCGAGCUUUUGGACGGUGAAAAUGGCAGUGUGACACUAUGUCAGCAUCGGUAUGUCGAUGAUAUCCUCAAGCGCUUUGGCAUGGAUGAUUGCAAGGCAGUCGCAAGUCCAGUCGACAUGAGCUCUCGACUUGUUUCAAGUGAUGCAACUACCAAGGUCGAUGCUCCUUUUCGCGAAGCUGUUGGUGCGUUGAUCCACCUGACCACUGCAACGCGUCCGGACAUUGCGUUUGCUGUGGGCUAUGUGUCGGGGUUCAUGGAAAAUCCCCAAGAAGAACACUGGGUUGCAGUUAAGCGUAUCUUUCGCUACCUACAAGGCACCAAGACGCAUGGAAUUUGCUACAAGCCAAGUGCAAGGAUCGACUUCCGUGGAUAUUCGGAUGCGGAUUGGGCUGGUGAUCUUACCGACCGCAAGUCAACAUCGGGGUACACGUUCAUGCUACUCGGUGCGCCAGUGAGUUGGGGCAGCAAGAAGCAGCCAAGUGUUUCGUUGUCCACGACUGAAGCUGAAUACAUCGCACUCAGCUUGGCGAUUCAAGAGGGCAAGUGGAUUCAUCGUCUGCUUUGUGAGAUCGUGAUGGCUGCCAAUGAAGAAGGACCGGAACUCAUGAUUCAUGAAGACAAUCAAUCGUGUAUCAAGAUGACGAUAAUCCUGUCAACCAUGGCCGUGCCAAGCACAUUGACAUCAAGUACCAUCACAUCCGUGAUGAGGUCUAGCGCGGCCAAGUCAAGCUCAAGUACUGUGAGACUGCGGUGA